AUGUCGCUCACCGAAUCUGGCGCUGAGAUCCAAUCGCUUUACAACAACCUCGAUGCGAACUUUUUGCUCUCGAGCGCCUACCUGGUGUUCUUCAUGCAAGCGGGUUUCGCGAUGCUGUGCGCCGGCUCGGUGCGAAGCAAGAACACGAAGAACAUUUUGAUCAAGAACGUUCUCGACGCGUGCGUCGGUGCGCUCGCUUGGUUUUACUUCGGUUACGGUUUCGCGCUCGGUGAGGCGUCGAAUGGUAAAUUGAACUCAUUCAUCGGUAGCGGCAACUUCGCGAUGAAGGGCGUGAGCGGCAACACGGGUAUUGCCAUGUACUUGUUCCAGUGGUCCUUCUCCGCGGCGGCAACGACCAUCGUGUCCGGCUCCGUCGCCGAGCGCACCAAGUUCGAGGCUUACCUCGGCUACUCCUUCUUCCUCUGCGCAUUCGUCUACCCGGUCGUCGUGCACUGGGGCUGGUCUGGGCAAGGCUGGCUCGGCCCGUGGCGAUGCGAAGGCUCCUCCAACGGCUGCGGCCCGCUCCUCGCCGGUAGCGGCAUGCUCGACUUCGCUGGCUCUGGUAUCGUCCACAUGACUGGUGGUGUUGCUGGCUUGGUCGGCGCCAUCAUCGUCGGGCCGCGCACGGGCCGCUUCGCUCCGGACGGUCGCGUCAACCCAAUGCCGGGUCACUCCGCGCCGCUCGUUGUUCUCGGCACCUUCAUCCUCUGGCUCGGCUGGUACGGCUUCAACCCGGGCUCGCAGCUCGCGAUUGUUGCGUUCGGUGGUGCCGCCGCGGACAACUCUCGCGUGAUCGCGCGCACCGCCGUCACCACCACGCUCUCCGCCGCCGGCGGUGGCAUCAUGGCGAUGGUCUUGAACUACGUUCUCUACCAUGUCUGGGAUUUGAUUGCCGUGUGCAACGGUAUCCUCGCCGGUCUCGUCGGUAUCACCGCCGGUUGCUCCACGACCGAACCGUGGGCCGCCCCGAUCUGCGGCGCCCUUUCCGCUCUCGUCAUCCACGCUUCGAGCAAGCUCUUGCUCAAGCUCAAGAUCGAUGACCCGCUCGAAGCGGCUCCGAUGCACGGCUUCUGCGGCGCCUUCGGCGUCCUCUGGGUCGGCUUCAUGGCCAAGCAAUCCUACGUCGCCGAAGUCUUCGGCACCGCCCGUAAUGGCUACAUGCCGGCUGGCGUCUUCUACGGCGGCAACGGUAAGCUCCUCGGCGCGCAAAUCGCCGGCAUCUGCGUCAUCACAGCCUGGGUCGGCGCCACGCUCGGUGCCUUCUUCUUGCUUAUGAAGAAGCUCAACUUGCUCCGCACCAGCGUCGAAGAGGAAACCAUGGGCCUGGACGAAUCCAAGCACGGCGGCAGCGCGUACGCGAUGGAACUCGUCGCCCCGGAACCGGCGUAA